AUGGAGCCAGCGGAGAGCCGCGAACGCAGUGCUGGUAAUCAGUACCGUUACCCUCCAUUGCCCCAGGGAUAUAUCCGCCUGCUCCGCUUACUUCCUAGCGAGGAGAGAAACUCCCAUAUUCAAGGUUGGCUGUUCAACUAUCCCCUAGAGCGGUUAGCAGGCAAAACACACCUCUAUGAGGCUAUAUCAUAUGUCUGGGGUGACUUGAACGACUGUCAAUCCAUCUCAUUAGAGGACUGUGAUUUCCCCGUGACUGCCAAUCUUCACACAGUUCUGUUGCAUAUUCGUGACCCGUACAUCGAGCGAAUCAUCUGGAUAGACGCGGUUUGCAUAAAUCAGAAGGAUCUCAAGGAGAGGGGAGAGCAGGUGCUUCAAGAGGUUGCGGCCGCACGACAGAUCUUGAUCAAGUGCGGAGCUACAGAGAUGGACGGAUAUGUGUUUUGCGUUGGUCUUACAUCAGGAUCUUUUGAAUCUCUCUAUAAGGAUUUCCCUGAGUUACAAGCCGUCGUUCUCCCUGUGGCAUUCCUCAUGAGAGAGUCAUUAUUUCGGCCAAAGGUAAUACAGAGCAUUUCAAGCGAAUUCUCAUUGAACAUACGCCCUCUGAGCGACCUACUUGAGAUGUACCACACUCGUGAAGCUACCAGGCAACAUGAUAAGCUAUUUGCCUUGCUGGGCAUGUGCUCUGACGAGUCUAUUCCGACUGAUUUACUGCCUGACUAUAGCACACCAUGGGCAACGCUUUUUGCGCGGCUUGUUCGAUUUUUACUUGGGAGAGCUGUAUACAUCAGCACUUACGAUCAAUCCGAAUGCGCUUUAAUAAGUGGGUGGGGUUAUAUUCUGGGCAAAGUACUGUCAGCGAAAAGAAGCCAGCGAGAAGAUGGACAGGAGGUGAGUUUCGCUACAAAAGAUACAGAUGGAAGCUUUGGACCCCAGAUACAAUGGCAUCUACCAGCUCUAGCAAAGCCCGUCCAAGUAGGCGAUCUAGUUUGUCAGCUACAGGAAGCGGCGAAGCCUACCAUAAUCCGUCUAUGCCGUGAUAACUUUUCCAUAAUAAUGAUUGCGGCACCUCUGGAGCUCCAGCAGCCGAAGCAUAACACUCUGUUGACCAUUCCUCUUUCCUGGGACUGGCAGGAUCCCUAUUGGAAAUUGUCAGAUCAGAAGGAUGCCCAAAGUUCCUUGAACAGCAGUUUACCUAGGUACUCAGGUCACCAACACGGAGGUCUGUCGGGUGACCCAGAUGGAUUGUGGCGUGCCGCUCUAGUAUUGGAAGCAGCAGAGGAGUAUCGAAUUGCAGCAGACAAAUUUCAACAAGCACUGUCAGGGUAUAAGAAAACCAGGAGGGCAAAUCAUACGCGCAAGGCGGCCUGCAGAGAUAAGCUCACCUUGAUGUACAAAAAAAUGGGACUAUUAUAUGCAGAGCAGUCGGAAACGGUACCUGAAGAGUUGUAUGGAUUAAAUCCUUUGGAGCUUGGCCAACUCAAAAAUUGGACUUUCAAGCUCAAGUUCAAGCAAGAAGGAGUUAUCAGUUACAGAACUGCAUUCAGUAUUGCUGUCCCUAAUGUUGAGAAAACUGUCUUGCUCACUGCCAGAUGUAAUCUCAUCGAUAAGAAAGGUCACCCAUCCCAGGAUUUAGAGAUCUACAACGAACAUGGCCGGGUUACCUCGAUUAGUGGGCAUAUAGAGGUAUUUCUCUCUGCUUGCGAUCCGAAUUGCGCGAGCAAUACCAGCAUGGACCCAGGUUAUGGAGCACUUCUGGUUGAUAUGAAGGUCGAAUGGCACUGUCGUGGUUAUGGUUUUGCCCUAAUAUUGGGCCAAACGAACCUAAAAGGCAACGGCCUUGGGGUUUGCGGUUAUCCGAACUUGGCCAGGCUUUCUAGAAGCACAGGGCUAUGUCUUAGUUGUCAGAAUGACCGAAUGACAUACAAUGCCAUUGUAAUGCCAGGGAUGAGCGGAUCGCCUGUGUUCUUGUCACAUAAUGGAUAUGCCACCGCCGUCGGCAUUCAUAUCGACCCAUGUGGUGUGGGCGGAUGGUGCGUACGCCUUACUGCAAAGGUUCUGGAGGAGAUAUUUGGCUGGGCUAACGCCAUCUACACAAAUAAAUGCUUGAGAGUUCCGCCGACUACAUUCGAUAUUCUUCCCUCGUAUGCGUCAAGCGCAACUGGUCACAUCAAGCUCUACGUGUUUCGCUUCCGGGUACCUCCCAGGUGGCCACGUCCAAAGCAGAUAUGGGUGCAAUGGAAUAUUACAAAUAGUAUUGUGAGACUGACAAGCUCUCUGCGCCAGUCGAGUUCAGUGAAAUUGCACUCGAUGCUAGAAAGGGGCCAAAAUGUCUUUCGGGUGACCUUUGAACUAGAGUGGGGGAUGGCGAAAAAGGUAUAG